UUUAUGUUGGUGACCUCUGACCUUUUCAUGUCAAAACUUGCCCGCCAAACAGAAACUAACUCGUUUCCUUAAAUUUUAAUACUGUUUUUCUCCUAAAAUGAGUUGUUUUGGAGGCCGCAUGUCUGAGUAUCGCUAUUUGUCAAUCGAUAGAUUUGAUGGAGAGAAUCUGGAGUCCUGGGCUUUCUUUCUUUCGCAUGCACACAGAGAUCACAUGGUUGGGUUGGAUAAUCCCGGCUUCCUGUCAAGAUUAAAGGCCAGCUUGAAAACUCGACUUUACUGCUCAGACAUCACCAAGGCCUUACUGCUGACAGAGAAACAGUUUAAACCGCUGGAACCGUAUAUUGAAACUGUAACAGUUGAUACACCCACAAGUUUAACAGUCACAGAUGAAAUUACUGGGAAGGAACACAGUCUGCUGGUGACCCUUCUACAGGCAGGCCACUGUCCUGGGUCUGUCAUGUUUCUGUUCGAGGGAUCGGAGGGUACAGUACUGUACACAGGAGACUUCAGACUGCCUGUGGGGGGCGCAGCACAGUUUCAACAUCUACAUCAGGGGGACAGACUUAAGAAUAUCCAGAGCCUGUAUGUUGAUACCACAUUCCUGGUCCCAGAGGCAAAGUACAUCCCCUCCAGGGAGGACUGCUGCACAGCACUGAUCAAUGUGGUGCAAAGCUGGAUCAGCAGAGGUGCCCACUAUGUGGUGAGGCUGAACUGUAAGGCCAAGUACGGCUACGAGUACCUCUUCAUAGAACUCUGCAGGAGAUUUGACAUGAAGGUACAUGUAAACAACCCCAGUAUCUAUCAGGCCAUUCCAGAAAUCUUCCAGUGUUUGACCUCUGAUCCGUCAGAGACACAGAUCCAUGCCUGCAGAUGGCUGGAGAGGUACCAGAAGGGUCGGCACCCGCUGCCCUGUAAGUACCGCCCCCCUCCCCCACAUGAGCUGGAGGUCAUGAGUGUCACACCCUCCACCAUGUGGUUCACAGCUUAUGCAGGUCCAGGGGACGUCAUCAGGAAAGGCUCCAGACAUCAUCACAGAGUCUGUUUUUCUUUCCAUUCUUCUUAUACAGAGAUCCGAGACUUUGUGGGGUAUAUCCGACCAAAGACAGUCCAUGCUAAUGUAGCACCUGUGGGAACAACCUUAGAGGAGGCAGAGGACAGGUUACGAGACUUGACGAGAAGUGUCCAGCCAGAGUCAACGCUAGUUUCUUACCAGCCACUCGGGUCCCUCAGGUUACAGAGGGCAGCUCUCAAGAGAAAACAGCAAGAAGUUGUCCACAAGGAUGAUGAAAACUUGUUCAGUGAUGAUGAUGACACACCUCCGCUGCAAAAGAGGAAAAUCUUCAUCUCCACCAAACCACAAAUCCCUGUCGAAGCCAACACCAGCACUAAUGGUGCUGAUCCAAUCUCAGUUACCAAUGGUAAAGACGAAAUAACCACUGAAGCUCAGAAAGACACAGCUGUGUUUGUUGCAUCAAAGACUGGGAAGAAAGGGGAGAAGAGCUUAAAUCCUACACAAGGGAUGGAGGGCAAUAUUGCAAAGCCUGAUAAUGGAGUAGAUAACAGAUGUGAAAAAUCAGAUCCAAAACAGUCAGACGAUGAAGAGGAAGAGGACUAUGGACCUAAAACAGGCAGUCAGCCAUCCUACAUCAGUGAGGGAGAGGAGGAGGAGGAAGAGAUGGGGGAAGGGGAGCAAAUCAGCAAAGACAAGAAUGCAGCUUUGGAAGAAAACCAUGAGCAUAUCCUGAGCCAAACAGGCCUUGCUUACACUGAUCUCAAGAAGUCUCAAUUUGGGAAAGAUGAAGUAGGAGAUAUGCAAUUAGAAAAUGAAGCAUUUGAAGUAAAUGGUACAAAAGAGCCCUCACAUUCCCUCACAAAAGAGCCAAAAGAAACCUCACAUUCCAAUAUUGGACAAGGUGAUGCCCUGGUGCCCUGUAUUGACCUGACAGAACAUGAUGAUGGACACCAGGGCACGUCUUUAUCACAGCAGAGUGUAGAAAGCACCCCAAGUGUUAUCCUAUGCUCCAAUAGCUCACAUCACACAGACAACCAGGAGUUACCCCUGUCACAAGGUAGUUCUCGCAGUGUGGUGUCCUGUCCACUCACCCCUACACUAUCAGACUCCCAGGGGUCAUCUGACUUUGACAUAGACUCCACGCCGGGGACCCAUAAGCCGUGUGCCUCUGAUCUGGUGACUCUACACAGGCAGCUUGCUGAAGGGGUUACACCCACACUUAAGACUGCUAAGAAGUCUAUAGAAUUCUAAGUAUGAUGCAUUGUAUGUACCCCUGGGAAUUCUGAAACAGGCUAAGGUGGUAGCUGUGCAGGCAAAGAGUAGUGAUUGUACCCAUCUGUCUCUUACCCUGUUUUCAGAGGCUUUAGGGUUAUCCAUGGUAAAGAAAAUACAUGUAACGUUAUGUAUCAUUUAUUUUUCUAUUUUAUACGUCUAUAUAUAUUUUUAAACAACAUUGCCCAAGUGCACUUAUUGAUACAGUUUUUCAAUGAUUCCUUGCUUCUGUUAGCAUUAUGACUCAUCUAGACCAUUUCCUUCUCAAAAUCCUAUAUUAUUCUUACCCCUCUUACAAACCAUUGGAAGUUUUUCUAUCUCCCAGAAAAAGCUGCUACCAUUUAGAUCCUUGAUGCUGCUGACUUUCCUGGUAAUCUGUUAUAAUGAAUAGUGCAUUUUGUUCUCCAGAUACAUGUAAAAUAAGUCAUCAGACCCUCAUCAUUAUCCAUGUAAACAAAUUAGUAGUUUCAGUAACCCAGAUGGGAUUGUUGCACUCCACAGUGUUUUGUUGUUCACAUCGAUCAGUUCAAUAGCUGUGCAAGAUUAAUCAUUACGCUGCACCUGUAUUGUCUGUGUGCAGUCAGGUGAUUGCCAACCUCAUUAGUAUUCAUCAGGUGGUUUCUCAGAAAGUGAAAGGAAACCCUUGAGCAGUGGUGUGAAACCAGAUUGAUUCCGCCAGCCUGGGUUUGUAUGUGCUAUUGUCAGUCCCACCAACUUCAACGUCAGUGAAUAAUGAUUCGCCUCAGAUUUCAGACUCUGGGGGAUAUGUAUUGAUAAAAAUGUUACAUAUUUAUCUGUUGCUACCAUGUUGAAAUGUAUUCACAACACAGACUAUAGAAUGAACUUGUUUCUAGAAUGUCAGUUUGAUUUGAAGUUUAUAGCUCCAAAGUGCAAUAUGUUGUUCAAUGACAUGUAAACUGGUGCUGACUGAUCUAUGGUCAGAGAAUGUAUGUCUGGGAGCUCGGGUGACAUUUGAUAUUUUGUAGUAGUAAACUCUAAAUGUUUGAUGAUCAAUUACCUUACAGAUUGCCCUUUGUACCAUGCAUUAAACUGCAUCAUGCUCACCCA